UUCGUUUCUCAUUCACCUUCUUUUCUCUUAAAAGAUGGAAAACUGAUACCUCUUGCCCCCAGGAUAAGAAACCUGCCUCUGGUUGGCCACCACUGACCAGACAGUCCCUUCCACGUGCUGAGCUUCCUCCCCAGUAGCCUCGGCUGGUGGCUUGGAGGCGUCACGCGGAGACCAUCGCUGGGGAAACUGCAUCUCCCACAGACACGUGGACGUCCCUCGCAGUCCCAGGGAAGUGCAGAGGAAUAAUGCUUCCUUCUUCGUCCUCAAAGAAAAGUGGCCGGCGAGUAGCUCUGCGUUAAUGCUGCAGCGGGAGAUUUACAGCUUGCUUUCAGUUCUGCACACCCCUGAGCAGCCUUUUAGGAGCCAAAAACCAACGGAUAAAGAAGUUGUGACAGCAUCUUGAUGGGGAAGCUGAUCUCCAAAGGCCGGCGCGAAAGAGACGCUCGAGUUGUCAUGCUGGGGCUCGACUUCGCUGGCAAAUCCACCCUUCUGUACAAGCUGAAGAGCGGCCGGGCCGUGGAGACCUGCCCGACGGUGGGCUUCAACGUGGAGUCUCUGCAAACCCCCUGCCGCGUGUCCUUCGACCUCUGGGACGUGGGAGGCCAAGCCGACCUGCGGGCGAGCUGGCCCGACUACCUGGAGGACACCAGCACUCUCGUCUUCGUGCUCGACAGCGCCGACACGGCCCGCCUGCCCCAAGCCGUGGCAGCGCUGGAGGAAGCGCUGAGCCACCCCAGCAUGGCUGGCGUCCCCGUCCUCCUCCUGGCCAACAAGCAGGAGGUGCCGGGGGCCCUGGCUCCCGCCGACCUGGGGAAGAGGCUGCAGAGGGGGCAGCUGGCAAAGAGGCGCUGGGCGCUGCGGGGUUGCAGUGCCCUCACCGGGCAGGGCCUGCAAGAAAUCCCGGCCAUCCUGGGAGAGCUGCUGCGGGGGUCACGAGCGUCAUGAGCAGAGGGGGUCUGUCCCGAGAGCAGCCCUUCGAGGGGCCGGCGGGGAGGAGGCGAGCCCUGGGGCAAACCUGAACCUCGAGCAGACCCUUCCCGCUCGUCUCUGCCCGCAGGUUUGCCGGGGAGGAUCCCGGAUUCCAGGUGCCACCCCCCCACUGCCCCCCACGAGAGCGAGCAGAUCUGCGGCUGGAACGCGCCGCGCUGAAAAGCACCCGGCCGCCCGCCACCAAAACCCACCCCCAGGACCUCUGAGCAAAUAUCCCACCGCGGAGCAUUUUUGGCUCCAUCUCUUGGGCUCUCAUCACCAGCCACAGCUUGCCCCGCCGUCACCAGGCUCCACUCAUCCACUGUGUGUGUGUCCAGUGCUUCCUCGGAGAUGUUUUUUGACAGAGCAAAUUAUACCGGAGAUGCACAGAAGGGACGGGGGGGGGGGGGUUAUUUUUUUUCUGCAGCUCCCAGCCCAGAUGCAGCUACCCUGAUGGGCUGAUCCCCACGGAGCUGAGGGGGGGCUAUUUGAACGUGCUCCCAUGCCACAUCCCUCUCUCAGCUUAAAUCACACAUCCAUCAGCUGGAAAAGCUCCAAGGGAAUUGCUGAACUGGAGCAGGACUUCAAAUAGCCAACAGCUAAUUGGUUUUAAUGCGGUAUCUACGGGUAUAAUCCUUGAGCCAUGGGUGUGAAUCAGGAUUGGAUGGCAUAAUGCAGUUCAAGGAUGUGUAUAUAUUAAUUUCUGCGUUUCUUGUUUUGGGUGUUGCUUCUAAUUUGUUAUUUUUAUCAGAUACUGAUUUAAUGAAAAUGGCACCUCAUUUUCCGUGGAUUACAUUUGAAAAUAAAGAAAUCAGAUCUGACUUCUAGAUGCUUGGAAA